GGGACGACGGCGACGGCGGCCGCGGCUGGCACUUCUCUCUCUCUCUCUUCUUUUGAAGCGGUUUCUUCCCCGUCUCUCAGGAGGGACAAAAUGGCGGCGGCCCUGACGGCGGGUUAAGGCACGCCGGUCAGCCGCGAAGGUAGAGGAUCCAGCCUGGGGGGAUGGUGAAGGGGCUCCGGGCCCGGGCAGCCUGCCACCAGACCCCGCCUCCUGCUCGCCGCAGCCCCGCAGCCCGGCGCCGCGGGGGAGAACCACCCGCCCUCCCGCCCCGCGAUCGAGAGGGGAUUCCCCGUGGGGGUGUGGAAAAAUGGCAAAGAGAAUUGCAGAGAAGGAACUGACUGACAGAAACUGGGACCAGGAGGAUGAAGCUGAAGAGGUGGGAACCUUCUCAGUAGCUAGUGAAGAGGUCCUGAAGAACAGAGCUAUUAAAAAAGCAAAGCGCCGAAAUGUUGGAUCAGAGUCUGAAAGUGGAGGAGCCUUUAAAGGAUUUAAAGGCUUUAUAUUGCCUUCUGGAAAAGGAGGAGGUGGCUUCAGCGGGUUUGGUAACGGCGCAGCGAUAAAGCCUUUAGAAGGGCUGUCUAAUGGAAGCAGUAGUAUCUCUAGCACUCCUUCUUUCAGCAGCUUAAAGACCACCUCUGAAACGGCAUCAGCAUUUGGAUCCACCAUGUCAAAUGGUCCAACUACUACUGCGUUUACUGAGAAAAAAGCUGCGAUCCCUAAAGCUAAUGGUGGCAAUCAACCAUCCUCAUCUGGCUUUGCUCAGAGUAAAGUUUGUAGCUCUAGUGUUUACCACAAACAGUUAGCAGCUUUAAACUGUUCUGUGCGUGACUGGAUAGUCAAGCAUGUAAACACAAACCCUCUGUGUGACCUGACGCCCAUCUUUAGAGACUACGAGAAGUAUUUAGCAAAUAUCGAGCAGCAACACGGAGGCACUAGCGACAGUGGCUCUGAAAACGAAAGCAACAAGACACCUGGCUCUCAGUCUGUUUCUACCUUUGGGAAUUCAAAGCUACAGCAAGGAUCAUCUUUUUUGUUUAACACCACCCCCACCCCCACCACUGAGGAUGCCUUGGACAAAAAAGCUGAAGCUGCAUCCGAAAAAAAAGACGCAUCAUUAGGAGCUACAUCAACAGUCUCGUUUAAUUUUGGCAAGAGCGUCGACAGUUCUGUUUUGGGUUCCCUUGGUUCAGGAACACUUAGUAGCUUCUCAUUUUCUCCUGGGAAUUCAGGUUUGUUUGGAAAAGAUGCAAACCAGGCCAAGUCUGUCACUGCGUUAUCCACCACUGUAUCGGAAGCUCAGACAGAAAGUGGCAAUAGUGAUGAUAAAGGAGGAGAAGAAGAGGAAGAAGAGCCACCAAAAGUCAUUGUUAAUGAAAUUAAAGAGGAUGAUGCUUUCUACUCAAAGAAGUGCAAACUAUUCUACAAAAAGGAUAAUGAAUUUAAAGAAAAAGGUGUAGGAACAUUACACUUGAAACCAGCAGGCAAUGAAAAAACUCAACUCCUAGUACGAGCAGAUACCAAUUUAGGAAACAUACUGCUGAAUGUUCUCAUUCCACACAAGAUGCCGUGUACAAGAACCGGAAAAAACAAUGUUCUUAUAGUUUGUGUUCCUAAUCCCCCGAUUGAUGAGAAGAAUCCAGCUGUUCCUGUCACUAUGUUAAUAAGGGUGAAAACAAGUGAGGAUGCAGAUGAGUUGCACAAAAUCUUACUGGAGAAAAAGGAGGCUUAAAUAAGUUGCAGUCAGUGAUUUGAGGAAUUAUUGCCAAACUGCUGCUGCUCCAUUUUUUUUUUCUUCCAUAACUUCACUUGAACACUUAACUCUUUACUCUGAGAUUAGGAACUGUUAUGGGAAUUCUGGAAAAAUUCUGUGAGGAAAAGCUAAACUAGCUAAUAAAAGUUUUAAUAGAACACAAGUGUUGGACUGUGCUCCCUCAUUUUUCAAUACCUAAAUGCAGGAACUCUUCUGGAGAAAGCACAUUGGUUUCAAUUAAAGGGUGUUCUUAACACCAGUCACUUUGACUGAACGGACUGAAAUCCAAGUACAAAAAUAUGGUACCAGAGCUUCCUCACAGACUGCGCUGCGAUGCAACAGCCUCCCGUUCUGAGAAGGGAGGGGGCAAAACUGUUUCUAGACUCUAGAUUUUUAAUUUUAAUUGGUCUGUCAUGUUCUGGUGAGACUAAUUUUUCAAGCUGUGGAUGACAACAAUUUACCCCGACGACAAUGCUAUUGUAUGUUGUACUGUGUGUAACUCCUGCUGGCUCCUGUGCUGUGGGGACUCAGAGACUGCAUCUCCAGAUACCGAAAAGAGAACUUGUUUGCGUAGUUUUGUUGACAGUAGCAUUUCUUAAAGAACCAUCAGUUCUGUUCUUAACUGUAGCAACAAGCUAAGGAUGUGCAAUAGUACAAGCAGACAACUGGAAGACUGUUGAUCUUGGACCAGAUCUGUGGCAAGUCAGAGGCAAAGGGUGGCACUUCCAUUCCGCUCCCUCUGACGUGUUCUUCCCCAGUCCCUUGGGCUGAGACUGAAACCCAGCAGAGGCAGAGUUGUAAAUGUUGCACUUGUCUUGCUACUCAUACUUUUCUGAAGAUAGAUCUUUUCGCAGACAAAUUUCAGGAUUUUUAUAGAUAUUUAUAUUGCCUCUGGCUGUUACUAAGAAUACAUGCAUAAAUGUGUGUCAAUAAUUACUUUUCCCAUUUCCUAAAACUACAGUGCUUCACUCCAUUAAGUAAAGCAGCAGUUUGCAGCUUGAGGAGAAGCUUUCUGUUGCAAAAGGAGGGAGCACUGGGUUAAUCUAUAACUCAGUUUUCAGCUGUGUUAAAAUUAACCACGUGGCAAUAAUUUGUGGUUCAGAACAUCGUUCUGUUCUCAGUUUCCAUCUCAACUUUAUCAGACCUUGUUUGGUUAUUUAAUCCUUUUCUUUUUCAAAUCUUGCCUGCUGGAAACUCCUUCCCUAAGAAUAGUUUUCACGUUUUGCCUCCAGCUCUGGAAACUAUUUAAGAGCUGGAUGGUAAUAUUAAACUUGAACCGCUCUCUGAUCUGUCACGCUGACCAGGUCUGGGGAGAUGGAAGAAAAGAUGCCAACCUGGCUCUGGCUAAGGUGGCACAGAGGAAAAAAUACCAAUCUUUACAAAACAGUGUGAUGCAAUUCUCAGAGGGGAACUGGAAAUCCAAACCAGUGGCAUCCUAUGGCUGGGGAAAAAGCAGCAGCUCCAUUUCAUUAGAUGCAGCACAUCUUACCUGCUCUCCGGGGGGGAACAAACAGCUGCCUUUAGUCCUCAUUUGCUGCACAAUUCAGGUUAUGGCCUCUCCCCACCUUAAUAAAAAGGAGGAAAAACUAUAGGAUCUUUAGCCUUCUUGACCAAAGUUCAAAAACAAAGGCCUGUGCCCACUUCUCAGCUACACUGAACUCACAAAAAUUGCAUUUUUAACAUACAAGUGUAAAGGAAGCCUAGAUAAGAUUUCAAUUAUUAUUUGAAGUAUAAACUGGUGCCUUUUUUUUUUUUAUUUAUUUUGCAUCUGGCUCAGUACUUAACCAUUGAAAUUCACUUUCCUCAAAAUAGUGUGCUUUUUUUUUAAAAAAAAAAAAAAAAUUGAAAAAAAAUCUUGUUGAUACUUAAAACGUGAGGCCAAAACCUGAAGGUUUGCAUGUUCCUGGUGUGUGAAUGGAAAGCAGAACGUUGCCUGAAAGUUCGUUACAGGCUCAGGUGAAACGUCCAAGGGCUCCGUUAAUUUUGCGUUUGUCGUUUGACUGCAGUGUCUUAAACACAUCUCCUGCUUUCAAGAGCAACUCUGUACAGGUCGUGUCAGGGGGUGGGGGGGGUCUUGGUUUUGGGUUUGUUUACUUCUGAAAAGCUCACGGAUACGUAACUCACUCUGUAUCCCUCCAAAUGUGGACCAACUCACUUCAACAAGAGAGAAACCAAACUUCCUCUAUUGUCCUUAGGAUCUGCCUCCCAAGCCAGGCAGCCCUGGGGAUUUGCGUGCGGGUAUUUGGCCUGGUCCUAAAGCUGCCAGACUGAAUAGGGAGGAAUUUUACUGAAAAUUCCAAAAUUUUAAUCUGCAUCGUCCGUAGGGGCCCUGCAGUGAGCUGGAGUGUGGGGCAGGAUAAAGCAGUCACACGCUUCUCACUUGGGUUCAGUUACGAAGCACAACCCUUCUCCACUACCAUUAAAUAAAUGUUUCUAGUUAAGAAAUAUUAAAGUACACAAAUACUGUAAAGAGCCGGAGAUUUUUACAUAGGAACAAAGGCCUAAAAUGAAUUAAAAGCAGAAGUUAGUGGAGAGCAUAGAAAUCCAUAUACUAAUGCCUUCGUAACAAAGUGGCACAUGCUACACAAGGAAGGAAUUUGGAUCAGAAUUCCAGCUCCAUGAGGCAUUCCUGGAUCCUGGUAGAUACUUAACAUAUUUAACAGCUGGAUAUCAGACACCUGAUGUUAAAGAUACAAGCUUCCUCCCUAAUUGGAGGUAAUGCCUUCCCUGUUCCAGCUGUACAUCGGUAUCGGAACGUCUCAUGGAUCGUGCAUUCUUCUUCUUCCUCCUCCUCUAAUUUUGAAGUUUCUGCUGCUUAGAAAUCUUUUCCCCUCUCACCUCCCCAAAAUAGAAAAAUCAAGAUCUCUGCUUCUUUCAAUGAUCAGAAUUGUCUGUAAGGGAGAUUAUUACAGUUGGUUCGAAUCUUAUUUUAAAGUAUUAAAUUGCUAUAUGCAGGGGUUUGGUGGUUUGUUUUUUUCAUUGUAAUGUACUUAAAGUUAUCUAUUGGGGAGCACAACAGCGUGUUCAUCUCUCUUUUGGUUGAUGUGAAAAUUCAAAUUUACAGUUCAAAUGAGCACGUCGUAGAAGAUGAAGCAAUGAGGAGGUAGGCUCUGCUGUUGAGAACUUGAGUUCAGCUCCCUUUGCCGCACUGUUACAUUUCAAAUGUCCUUAAAGACUUUCUUUCCGAUGCCUUAACUUAUUUGCAUUUGCUAAAAUUUUGUAGCUGGUGCCUGUGUGCAGAAAUGACCUGACAUGAAACAAUUUUAAAGUGGCAUGAGCUAGUCUCCAUCCAAUGAAAACGCUGAAUGUGACCAUUUGUUACUUGUUAAUAGAUUUCAAACUGCUCUGAAUUUUUCAGUGGAUACUUAAGUUUUGCAGAACUUGUCGUGUACCAAUGUUUUCAUUAGUUCUAAUACAUUGAGGAAGUGUACAAAAAUCCAUGGAAAAUGUGAAUAAAUGAAUGGGAGAUAA